AAGGGAGAAGUACUAAUCUCGCGUUUAUAUCGUCAAGAUUUAAAACGUUCUGUUGCAGACAUCUUUCGAAUUCAAGUAAUUUCUAAUACUGAUGUUCGCUCACCUAUUAUUACACUUGGAUCUACGUCAUUUUUUCAUGUUCAUCAUGAAAACCUUUACAUCGUGGCCGUUACAAAGUGUAAUGCUAAUGCAGCCUUAGUGUUUGAGUUUUGUUAUCGGCUUGUUAACAUUGGAAAAGCUUAUUUUGGAAAACUUGACGAGGAAGCGGUUAAGAAUAAUUUUGUAUUAAUAUACGAGUUAUUAGACGAGAUUCUCGAUUUCGGAUAUCCUCAAAAUAGUGAAACAGAAACGCUUAAAAUGUAUAUAACUACGGAAGGUGUCAAAUCACAACGCGCGGUG